AUGGCUUUUCUUUAUGGGUGCUUCAUCCUCUGGCCGCUGCUGCUGCCGCUGCCAGUCCUCCUGAGCGCGCAGCCUGACUGGGAGGAGACCCCAAAGCCUCUGCCAUGCCAGAAGAUCUCGCUUUACAUAUCCUGCAAAGGCCGAGGCUUCUCCACUUUUCCACAGGGACUUGGCUAUGGAAUUAAGCGGAUUGAUGUCUCUCAUAAUGCCAUCUUAAACCUGACAGAGAGUGACACAGCCACUCUAGAGCACUUGGAGCAGCUGGACCUGGGCUCAAACCGCCUGCAGUGGGUGUCAGAGAGAGCCCUGAAGCACCUUGUCCGCCUUCACUCUCUGAUCCUAGCCACAAACCAUCUCCAUCGGGACUACAACUCCAAUGCAAAAGCUUUCCUGGCGCUGGUGAGUUUGGUAGCCCUUGACCUCUCGGCAAACAACUUAGACAAUGACAUGGUGGCUUUGUACCUUCACAGCCUCCCCUCUUUAGAGCGGCUGGACCUCUCCAGGAACCACGUGACUCGACUGUCAGAGAGCAUCUUCCAAGGCAUGCCAAAGCUAAGGGAGAUCAACAUGAAAAGCAAUUACAUUGCAGAGAUUGAGGAAGGAGCUUUUACCCUGCUGAGCGGCUUGGAGGUGCUGAACUUGGCCAUGAAUUCCCUUCCCUGCAUCUCAGGCUUCAGCCUAACCCAGCUGCGCAUUUUAAACCUCAGCUACAACAUGCUGGAGUUCUUUGAGGUAGCAGAAGGAGGGCUGGCUAGUGGGGAGGCUCCCUACCAGCUGCAGGCCUUGGACCUCAGUCACAACCGGCUGGUUCUCCUCCCGCUGCUCCCCAGAAGAAACCAGCUGGGGCAUCUCAACGUCUCACACAACACCAUUGCCCUCUUGGCAGCCAGCUCCACCAGGACAGAGUUAUAUUCACCUGGUCAUUACAGGCGGCCCUGGGACAUGUCCAGUGCCAAUCUUCGCUUGAGAAAGGUAACCGACUUGGAUCUGAGCAACAACCAUCUGGAAUCAUUUCCAGUCAGAUUCCUUUACAGCUUGAAUUCUCUCCAGUCUCUUAGCAUGGGUAUGAACUGCCUUCAGGACAUCACUGUAGAACUGCCCACUAAUUGCAGUUUUCAGAGCCCUGAUGCCAACAGAAGACAGCCUGGGGUUGGGGUUAGGCAGGACCUCAUCUCGCUGUCAGUGAGGAAGCUGGAUCUCCAAGGAAAUGCCAUACAUUACUUGCCACAAUGUUUUUUUGACAUUAUGCCUGAUCUGGAGGCAGUGGACAUGAGUCUCAACAACAUCCAGCUCUGUAGGGCAUGGAAUGUCUCCAAGAGAGAACGCCCUUCAGCUGAAAGAGAGAACUGCACAAGCUUCCAGCGCAUCCCCCGGCUCAGGCACCUCAGCUUGCGUGGGAACAACCUUGGCACAGUGCACAGCCAUCAGUUCAGUCACACCCCUUUGUCUUCUCUGGACCUGUCGGAGAACAAGGGCUUGUCCAUGCCAGGAGCUGCUUUGGAGGGUCUGGAAUCUUCUUUGCAGGAGCUCUCUUUAAGAGGAAGCCAGAUGAAGAUCUCUGGCCUGAACUUCCCUUGCCUUGGGGUGCUGAAAAGACUGGACUUGUCAGAAAACAAGCUGAGCCUUUUGCCUCGCAGCCUGCAUUGUGCUCCACUGGAGAAGCUGAACAUCCGAGCAAACCGCCUGCCGAGCUUAGAGGAAGCUACAGUCAUGCACCUGGCAAGGAGUCUCCAGUCCAUGUCUGUGGCAGGGAAUCCCUUCAGCUGCUGUGAGCUGCAAUGGCUAGAUGUCCUAGGUGCCUCGGCUAUCACUGUGCCAGAUUUGGACGAAACCCUGUGUUAUUACCGUGACAGGGGCAAAAACUUUACAGCUCGGAUCAGCGACAAAGAUGCUGUGCACCUUUGCCCUCCUGAGGCACCCAGGGCCUCGCUGGCUGUGCUGAUGGCUUGUCUUUGCUCGCUUUGUCUUCCCUGUAGCAUCUGUUACUUUGUGAAAAAGGGCAAGAAGCACAUGCCGCUCUACUUGGGAUUCCUGAGCAACAAGGUGGACCCCGCUCCGUAUCUGAGCAAGGAGACAAGUGGACAGACCGCAACAGACAACAUCACAAAAGUCUAGGAAAAGGAAGAGGGUAGGAUUUCUCUUUAAAUAGCCACCCUUCCCGAGGGGGGGAUGCGGGCAACACAGUGGCUUGUAAAUGGCCUGCAGAAUUUCUGCUGCUGCUUCUGUUGCUGCUGGGGUGGGCAAAUACUACUACUACUAAAUCUAGCACCUAGGAAACGAUCAGACAUUAGUGUACCUAGCUCAGUAUUGUCUACACCAGCCUUUUUCAACCAGUGUGCCUCCAGAUGUUGUUGGACCACAACUCCCAUCAGCCUCAGCCAGCAUUGCCAAAGGUCAGGAAGAUGGGAGGUGGUCCAACAACUUCUGGAGGCACACUGGUUGGGAAAGGCUGGUCUACACUAACAGACAGUGGCUUUCCAGGGUUUCAGGCAGGGAAUGCUCUCAGCCUUACCUGGAGAUACAGCAAGGGACUGAACCCUGGGACCUUCUGCAUGCAAAGAUGCUCUGCUACGGAGCUAUGGCCCUUCGCAGGGGGAAAAAAAAGUGCUCCGGCCUAUUUGCCUGCAGUCUGGCAGGCUUCUUACCCAGGGCACCUUUGUUAUGCCUGCAAUUUUCAGAUAACUUGUCCACAAAACACUAGGGAAGAUUAAGUGCUUCCUUUUCCUUCUUUUUUAUUCAAUUUCCUUUUGUAAGCCAAAAAACGAAAACAAAACUAUAAUGACUGCCCUUGGGGGAAACCGCUGCAGCUCUCCUGCAGAAAUUUGGAAUACUGUGUACAGUUCUGGUCACCUCAUCUCAAAAAAGGAUAUUAUAGAGUUGGAAAAGGUUCAGAAGAGGGCAACCAGAAUGAUCAAGGGGAUGGAGCGACUCCCUUAUGAGGAAAGGUUGCAGCAUUUGGCACUUUUUAGUUUAGAGAAUGAACUUACAAGAUCUGAACAGGGUGGUUCAUGACAGAUGCUCUUGGAGGUUGCUGAUUCAUAGGGUCGCCAUAAGUUGUAAUCGACUUGAAGGCACAUAACAACAAAGUUUAGAGAAAAGGCGGGUCAGAGGAGAGAUGACAGAAAUGUAUAAAAUUAUGCAUGGCAUUGAGAAAGCGGAUAGAGAAAAGUUUUUCUCCCUCUCAUAAUCCUAGAACUCGUGGACAUUCAAAGAAGCUGAAUGUUGGAAGAUUCAGGACAGACAAGAGGAAGUACUUCUUUACUCAGCGCAUAGUUAAACUAUGGAAUUUGCUCCCACAAGAUGCAGUAAUGGCCACCAGCUUGGAUGGCUUUAAAAGAUUAGACAAAUUCAUGGAGGACAGGGCUAUCAAUGGCUACUAGCCAUGAUGGCUGUGCUCUGCCACCCUAGUCAGAGGCAGCAUGCUUCUGAAAACCAGUUGCCGGAAGCCUCAGGAGGGGAGAGUGUUCUUGCACUCGGGUCCUGCUUGCGGGCUUCCCCCAGGCACCUGGUUGGCCACUGUGAGAACAGGAUGCUGGACUAGAUGGGCCACUGGCCUGAUCCAGCAGGCUCUUCUUAUGUUCUUAAAUCUGUCAAGAUGCAUGCUCUCCAAAGGGGCAAGCUAGCCUGCAAAUUUCAUCCAAGACUACCCAAAAAUAAAAGUUAUAGGCAAACACAUUUUAAAGUGUCCAAAACAAAAGUCCCUGGGCCUAUUUGGCUGUAAUUUGGCAGGUGUUCCUUUACCUUGGGGAGGCUACGAUGCCUGAAAAGUUCAUCCACUUCUGUAAAAAGUGAUGGUGGUGGUGAGACUGAAUGCAGUAGGACAUAAAUAUUUGCUUUAAGCUACUGUAUAAUCUAUGGUAUAUUCUACACAAUUUGAGUUUUAGAUGCUGUAUAUUGUACACUGCCAGUGUGAUGUAAUGAUUAAGAAUACUAGACCAGGACCAGGGAGUGCAGGAGGUCAAAUAUGAAGCUCACUUCAGGACCUUGGGCCCGUCACUCACUCUCAGCCUACCCUACAGCAUAGGGUUGUUGUGAUGAUGCAGUGGGGAGAGGCAGACCUAUGUAUGCCACCUUGAGCUCCUUGAAGGAAAGAUAGGAUAUAAAUAAGUAGAAUACACAUUUUGGUUAUUAUUGGUGUGGGGGUACCAUACCUGACAGUGUCUUGCGCCCAAGGAAGGUUUUGGGACAGAUAUCAUCCAAUGUCAUCUCAUAGAGGAUACUGUCCUGGAGGUUGUAAAGUAUGAUUUGGCAUGGCCUUGAGCUUAUUGUGGGAUGCACACCCUGAGUUCCUGCCUUGUUUUAGAUGUCUUCUGAAAACCUUAUUAUUUAGACAGGCUGUCACAGUAUGAAUUUCUUUUUAAAAAAUCUACCGAUGCUUUAUUGAUGUUUUCAGUUAUGGAUACUUGUACUGAUGUUGUUAUGUUUGUAUGUUGAACACUGCCUUGAUAUAUCUAACAGACAUAGACACAACAACCAAUACUUAUCAAAAUAGUUGGAAAUUACAGCCUGCUUGUCAGAUCUCAACAGAUGCUUGGAACUGGAUUUGGCAAAAUAUCCCACAACAGGUAGUCACUAUAAAUUUGAAAGAAAAUUUCUAUAAAUUUAUUUUCUGAUGGUAUUUAACUCCCGCAAGGCUUAAUUAUAUUUAUAAUAAUGUUGGCAACAUGUGCUGGAGAUGUAAGACAAUAAAUGCAGAUAUAACCCACAUUUUUUUGGUUUGUCCCCAAAAUAAUAAUUAAAAAAUUGGUGAGAAAUAAUACAUGCAAUUGAAAUUAUGACAUGCUACAAGUUACCAUUAGAUCCUUUGGUUAUGUUGUUUGGUUUUAUAAAGGACUAAAUGUUACCUCAUGAUAUAGAAAAGGUAUCUUUUAAUAGCCACUUGAAUGUUGAUUGCUGUCAGUUGGAAGAAGACAAGAAUGCUUACUGUGGGGAAUUAGAUGGUGUUACUUUCCAUGUCUGGUCAAUCUCACUACCAUGGUGAGGGUCAGAGAGGGUGGGCAACAGAACAAUCUUUUUGCAGAGAAAUGGAGCAUGUUUGUUAUGAACUGGAGGAACAUUGCUCUUCUCCCAGGCAUUUUAGUAUGUGUUAAAAUUGUUUUUUAACUUUUUAAGAAUUUAAAAAUUUUAAAGUUGUUUUAAAUUGUCUAAAUAUGUGGUUUAUUGUAUUUGAUGUAGGACUGUCGUGAACCGCCCAGAGAGCUUCGGCUAUGGGGCGGUAUAUACAUUUAAUAAAAUAAAUAAAUAAAUAAAAGGAUGUAUAACCUGGUACAUUGCUGGGUUCAUUGUGAUAUGUAGCGUUUCAGAUAUGU